UUGGAGGCUGAGGUACGCACUCGCCCUCCUCCCGGCAACAGAAGUUUGAUGUCAGAGAAAACGGAAACUGGUUAAGCGAGACGCAUUACAAUGGCUAGCUGUUAUUAAAACGUAACUUGGAGAAAAACAACAUUGCAUUCCCCGAAGGAAUACAGUAACACACCAGCAGUCUCCAGAGUAAUUCUGGUUGAACAUGCUAACGGAUAUGAUUGUGGAGGAAGAAUUUGAAAUCAAAGACGAGGAACCCUGGUACGACCAUCAGGAUCUGCAGCAUGAUCUCCAUCUGGCGGCAGAACUGGGCAAGACCCUGCUGGACCGGAACCGAGAGCUGGAGCAGGGCCUACAGCAGAUGUACACAACCAAUCAGGAACAGCUACAAGAGAUAGAGUACCUGACCAAGCAGGUGGACCUCCUGCGGCAAAUGAACGAGCAGCAUGCCAAGGUGUACGAGCAGCUAGACAUGACGGCCCGCGAUCUCGAGCAGGGAAACCAGCGCCUAGUCAUGGACAACCGCAUGGCCCAGCAGAAGAUCCAGGGGCUGACAGAGACCAUCGAGGGCCUGCAGACACAAGUGGAGGAGCUCCAGCAGCAGGUGGAGGAGCUGAAGGCAGCGCAGUCAGAUUACGCCGGUGGAGGUCUGGCAGAGCAGCGGCAAUCUCUGAGCGCUCACAGCGUGCCCUGUCUCAAGGAGCUGCAUGACAUGCACAAGUACUUGCAGGACCAUGCCCUUCUGGACAGCGCGUUCUCUCUGGCGGAUGGGAUCAGGGCGCAGGAGGAGAACACGGCUCUGAAGCGCUCGGUUCAGACCCUGCAGAGUCAGCUGACCUCGGAGCGCACCCGGCGCAAGGAGGUGGAGACAGAGGCGGAGCUGAUGGCCCGGGAGAACGGCGAGCUGGAGCAGCGGCUGGCGGAGCUGGAGGGCAACCAGGCGUGGCAGCGGGAGCUGGAGGUGGAGGUGGAGGAGCUCCGGCAGCUGUGGCGCUCCGACACAGCCAGCGCCAGGAGGGCGGACAAGCUGCUGCCUGACUCUGUCUUCUUCCCCCCGGAGGAGAGGGUGGAGCAGGAGGGGGAGCAGGAGGCCGAGGCCGCCCUCCCCGAGCAGGGCAGGCACGUGCUGAAGCGCUGCAGCAGCGAGAGCAUGCUGCGGAGCGCCAACGCCGAGGAGAUGCGCCGCGGGCACGAGCGCUCCUGCGUCCGCCGCGCGGCCGCCGUCAAGCAGCGCGGCAUCUCCCUCCUCAACGAGGUGGACGCCCAGUACAGCGCCCUGCAGGUCAAGUACGACGAGCUGCUGCGGCGCUGCCAGGAGGGCGCCGAGCAGCAGAGCCACAAGGCCGUGCAGACCCCUGGAGUCCCCCGCCGCCAUUCCAGCGCAGUCCCAUGCCUCCAGGCCGACGACGACAACCAGCAGCCUGAGUACAAGGCACUCUUCCAGGAGAUCUUCACCUGCAUCCAGAAGACCAAAGAGGACCUGAGCGGGAACAGAGCCAGGCUCAGUCAGGCACAGUGAUUCCCCCCUCAAGGUUUAGGGGACAAGUGACAGGCGCUGUUUUUUUUCCUUUCUGCCUCAGAUUGAGCUGGGAUUGGCCACCACGUUAAAUGGUUUGUGUCUAGCAGAGGCAAACAGGCAGUGGAGUUGCCUCAGUUGGAUGAAAUCCCAAAGAGACGCUGUCGGUUUUGACGGCACCACAACACCAGUGCCUAAAACACAACACGACAAUCCCCUUGCCACCAACGAGGAGUUCACACAAAGCCAGACCAGCUCCAUGGAUGAACACUGCUGUCUCAUU